UGGCGCGCGCUGGAGUUAAGCACACCGCACUGGAAAAAGAGUGAGAGACUGAUAGGAGGAUGGAGAGGAGGAUGGAGAGAGAGGGAGAGACCGUUAGAAGGAUGGAGAGAGAGGGAGAAAUACAGGCGGCGCUCCGGUUGAUCUUCUGGUUCACUCUGAGCUCCGCGCUCGCGCCCGUGUGCGCAUCCCAGCACGGCAUCCCGCUCGGAGUGGUUAAACUCUGGGCUUCAGCGUUCGGAGGAGAAAUCAAAUCCAUCUCUACCAAAUACUCCGGCUCUCAACUACUGCAGAAGAAGUAUAAGGAUCACGAGAGGUCGGUGAAGAUUGAGGAGGUUGAUGGAGCGAGGCUGGUGAAGACUGUAGCAGAGAACAUGGAGGAGAUCUUCAUGAGAAAAGCAGAAGCUACACGACGGCUCGUGGAAGCCGCGGAGGAGGCGCACCUGCAGCACGAGGAGAACCCGGAUCUACAGUAUGAGUACUUUAAUGCGGUCCUGAUUAACGAGGUAGAUGAGGAUGGUAACAGUGUGGAGUUGGGUGGAGAGUUUCUUCUGGAGCCAAACGACCAUUUCAACAACCUGUCUGUUAACCUCAGUCUCAGUGUGGUUCAGGUGCCCACCAACAUGUACAAUAAAGAUCCUGAUAUAGUGAACGGUGUGUACUGGUCCGAAGCUUUAAAUAAGGUUUUUGUGGAUAACUUUGAAAGGGAUCCCUCACUCAUUUGGCAGUAUUUUGGGAGUGCUAAAGGUUUCUUCAGACAAUACCCAGGUGUGAAAUGGCAUCCAGAUGAACACGGGGUCAUCUCAUUCGACUGCCGCAAUAGAAAGUGGUACAUUCAGGCAGCCACCUCUCCAAAAGACGUAGUGAUUCUGGUGGACGUUAGUGGCAGCAUGAAGGGUCUGCGGCUGACCAUCGCUAGACAAACUGUUUCCUCAAUACUGGACACGCUUGGAGACGAUGACUUCUUCAACAUCAUUGCGUACAAUCAGGAGAUUCAUUAUGUGGAACCAUGUCUGAACGGUACGCUGGUGCAGGCAGACAGAACCAAUAAAGAUCAUUUUCGAGAGCAUCUGGACAAGCUGUUUGCCAAAGGCAUCGGCCUGCUGGGGGAGGCUCUAACUGAAGCUUUCACCAUUCUCAAUGAGUUUAACCAGGCAGGUCGUGGAAGUGUGUGCAGUCGGGCCAUUAUGCUGGUAACAGAUGGAGCCACUGAAAUGUACGAUGACGUUUUCGCCAAGUAUAACUGGCCUGAACGAAAGGUGCGCAUUUUCCCUUAUCUGAUUGGACGAGAGUCAGCCUUUGCAGAUAAUCUGAAAUGGAUGGCCUGCGCUAAUAAAGGUUAUUUCAGUCAGAUUUCCACGCUGGCUGAUGUUCAGGAGAAUGUGAUGAGGUACCUGCACGUCAUGAGCCGACCGAAAGUCAUCGACCAUGAACACGACACGGUGUGGACUGAGGCUUAUGUGGACAGUGCUCUUGCUCAGGCUCAUAAGCUUAAAUCAAAACGAGGCCCAAACCCAAUGACUACAGUAGCCAUGCCUGUAUUCAGCACCAAGAAUGAGACGAAAAACCAGGGCAUCCUUUUGGGUGUGGCAGGCACAGAUAUUCCCAUUCAGGAACUCAUGAAAACUGUCCCCAAACACAAGUUGGGAAUACAUGGUUAUGCGUUUGCCAUCACCAAUAAUGGCUACAUCCUGAUGCAUCCAGAUCUCCGGCCACUGUAUCAGGAAGGUCAGAAGAGGCGUAAGGCUCAUUAUAGCAGCGUGGAUCUGUCGGAGGUGGAGUGGGAGGACACUGAUGAUUUUCUGAGGACAGCUAUGGUAAACAGGAAAACUGGCACUUUCUCAAUGGAGGUGAAGCGAACUGUGGACAAAGGGAAACGUGUUUUGUCUAUGCACAAUGACUACUAUUUUACUGACAUCAAAGGAACUCCAUUUAGUGUUGGAGUGGCUUUGUCUCGAGGCCAUGGAAAAUACUUCUUCAAAGGAAACGUGUCUUUGGCAGCGGGUCUCCGUGAUCUUGAUCAGCCAGAUGUGGCUCUAGCACAUGAAUGGACCUACUGCAACACAGAUGACAAUCAUGAACAUCGCUACCUUACGCAGAUUCAGGCCAUCAAACUCUACCUGACUGGACGCAAACCUCACCUGAAAUGUGACAGGGAGCUGAUACAGCAGGUUCUGUUUGAUGCUGUGGUGACCGCACCACUCGAGGCCUACUGGACUGGACUGGCUCUUAACAAGUCUGAAAACCCAGAUAAAGGGGUGGAGAUUGCCUUUCUUGGAACACGCACUGGCCUCUCCAGAACACACCUGUUCGUGGCCGCGGAGCAGCUGACCAAUGAGGACCUGUUGACAGCAGAUGAUUAUGAGGGGGGUUUUAAUGCUGAUCACUUUCCAUUGUGGUAUAAAAGAGCAGCCGAGCAGGUCCCCGGCACCUUCGUCUACUCCAUUCCAUUUAGUUCAGCACGAGAGAAUAAAAGUGUGGUGUUGGCCAGCACUGCUAUCCAGCUCCUGGAUGAAAGGAAAUCUCCUAUAGUGGCAGCUGUUGGAAUUCAGAUGAAGCUGGACUUCUUUCAAAGGAAAUUUUGGACAGCCAGCCGACAGUGCAACGCCUUGGAUGGGAAAUGCUCCAUAAGCUGUGAUAAUGAGGACAUUAAGUGUUACCUAAUAGACAACAACGGCUUUAUUCUGGUGUCUGAAGAUUACUCUCAGACUGGUCUCUUUUUCGGGGAAGCGGAGGGAGCGGUCAUGAACAAACUGCUUCUCAUGGGCUCCUUUAAAAGGAUCACUCUGUACGAUUACCAGGCUCUGUGCAGAGAGUAUGCAGGUAGCAGUGACAGUGCCCACACUCUACUGGACCCUUUUGCUGCUGUGAAAUGGCUCCUGGGUGAACUCAUCAUAUUUCUGUUGGAGUUUAACUUGUACAGCUGGUGGAAUGUGGACUCAACUGUAAAUGCUGAGAGAGCUCAGCGAAGGACAAUGUUGGUUCCAUGUGACACGGAGUACCCAGCCUUCGUCUCUGAGCGCACGAUUAAAGAGACAGCUGGAAACAUUGACUGUGAAGGCUGCUUGAGGACCUUUGUCAUCCAGCAGAUACCCAGCAGUAACCUCUUCAUGGUAGUUGUGGAGAACAAAUGUGACUGCAGCUCUUCCCCUCCAGUCACUAUGGAACCAAUUGAAAUCAUUUACAAUGAGUCACUUAAGUGUGACCGGCUGAAGUUUCAGAAGGACCGCAAACGUCCAGACUCCUGUCACCCUUUCCAUCCUGAGGAGAAUGCUAUGGAGUGUGGAUCGGCCGUGAUUCUUUCUCCUACGCUGGUGGCCACUGUGUUCCCCUUCUUUACCUUCCUCGUCUCUAGGUGACCUCUGACUGGAGCCACAUGAACUUGCCACCAUGAACACCCAUUGGAGUGAAGCUUGGCAUAAGCUAGCUGAUAGGUAGGGAAAACAUAGUCAAAUACAAAUGCAGUCACUGACAGAAUCAUUUCUAAGACCUCAGACCUCAAACUUGCUGACACUUAGAGGGUUUAGGACCUUUAUGAAUGUCAAGAGACUGUUUGAAUUCAGUGAGGGUAAUGUUUAUAAACUAAGCCAGGAAACCUAUACUGUGUUGAAGGUUGGAGCUGGGUAUGCAAAGCCAGUGUUCUCAUUAGUCACUGCUUUUUUCAAGGAGAUUUACUCAAAUCCUGCCAGCCAUUCUUUGGAUUUAAGCGAGAGCAACAGAGGAACAAGAAAAUUAAUGAAUUUAGCACUGUAAGGUUUUUUUCUCAUUUGUCUGCCUCUCAUUUUGUUACAAGAGAUAAUUUAAUUAAAACAAAAUAGGUGCAUGAAGUGAGGAAAAGUGAAGAGUGAAAAGUGAACAACAUUCUGUCAAUAGUCGUUUCAUAAGUUGCUAAAAGAGAGCAGAGGUUUGGAUUUUUCCUGAACCUCCUAAGUAUGCCUGCUUUAAAAAAAGUAUAUAAAUGAAAACUUUUAAUUGCUUAGAUCUUUACCUUACGAUGAAAGCCAUUUGUUGUAAAUAAAAGCAUAUUUUCCAUCAAA